AUGGAAUCGAGUACUCCGAAUGGCGGAGGUGGACGCGGAGGAGAGAUGUCGUCACACGACGUGUCGGCAUCGUCAGCAAACGACGCUCCGCAUCAGGAGAUGGGAUCCUUUCGCGGGGAUGUGCACGCUGGCAGUUCUUCGUCUAUAGCUACGCCUCAAGAUAUGCAUUCGUCUGGAGCAGACUCCGGCGUCGAGGGGGUUAAAGGCGAGCGAACGUCUUCCGCACGCACCGCCGCAGGGGGAGAAUCCGCAGGCACAGCCAGCCCCGGCGCCUGCGAAGGCGAGAGAGGGGAGAGAGCCGGCGCAGUGCCGGCAUCCAAGGAUGCGUGGUCGUCGCUUCGAGGGAAGAUGUGCCUUGAAGAAAUGCUGUACGAAACGUCGCAGAGAGCCAAGGUCUACAAUCGGAACCAUUAUGGUCUUCUAGGGAUUCUCAAGGUCAUCCGGAUGACAGAUCCCGAUCUAAAUAUACUGGCGCUCGGCACGGAUCUCACCUCUCUCGGUCUCAACUUGAACUCUCCCGACUGUUUGUUCUCCUCCUUCGGCUCGCCCUGGUCCGACGCUCCUGCAGCUAGGGAUGCCGAGUCCUUGCUCCCGUCGUGCUACCUUCCGCCGGUUCCGCCCACCUUCAAACUGUCUCACCUGGAGAAGGUCCACGAACACACGCUGUUUUACAUAUUCUACUGCUGCCCGAGGCUCCUCCUCCAGGGGUGCGCUGCAGCGGAGCUAUAUAACCGCAGCUGGCAGUACCACAAGACGUGGAAAAAGUGGUUUCUUGAGGGGGAGCCGUCGCAGGCCGGCGGGACACGCGCCGCGGCUGGCGCUGCGGAGGGGGGGAAAGAGGGCGAGGGCGUGGCCGCGCAGGCUUCGGAAGGCGCCGCCGAUCGGCCCGGAGACAGUGGCUCAGCGACAGAGGGCAGGGGCACCGGCAAGGGAAACGGCGAGAGAGAGUCCGUGAAGCGCGAAGACGACGCGAAGGAGAACGGAAAGGCCUCGGCGCGACCGGAGCAGGAGAUGGGGGAGGAAGGCAGCGGAGACAGAAAAUCUGGGGGUUCUGCAGAGUUUCCGAGGUGGAUCUAUUUCGAACCGGCAGCAUGGUCGCGGAGGGAGUUUCGCGGUGUUUUGGAUCCAUCUUUUCUUCUGAAAGCGGAGGAAGUCCGUCAGAGCGUCGAGGAAGGUGUGCGGCAGGUGCGCGCGCAGCAGCAGUUGCAGCACCAGCAGCUGCAGCAGCUGCAGCAUCAGCAUCAACAGCAGGUGUCUGUACAGCAGCAAGCGGCGGUCCAGCACCUUCAGCAUUUUUCGCAGCAGCAGAAAGCUGUGUCGCAGCAGCAGCAGCAGAAAGCUGUGUCGCAGCAGCAGCAGAAAACUGUGUCGCAGCAGCAGAAAGCUGUGUCGCAGCAGCCGCAGCAGCCGCAGCUGCACACGUCUCACGUGCCCGGCAUGUCCCUCGCGUCGUCGCAGUCGAAUAACGCGGGUCAUCACUCGAGUCCACAGAUUGGCGCGAGCGCGCUCUCCGCCGGGCAAGCGGCGCAGACCGGCAUGUCUGGCUGGAAUUCUGUCGCGUCCAGCGGCGGGGGUGCGGCCCCCGCGAGCGCGGGAGCAGCCGGCGGCGGCGCGAGCGGCGGUGGAGGCCGCUGA